CAGAGCACGCCGCCUCUCGCCUCAGGCCACCGCACGCCGACGCCGACCCUCGCCGCCUCGCCGGCAACGCCGACCCCCUCAGCCUCGCCGACGCCGCCACCUCCUCGCCACUCGCCCGCUGCCACGCGGUAGCUGGCUCUCUGCCACCGCCACCCUGCCUUCCACCUCCCCCCCCCCCCCCCCCCGCCGCAGACUCCUCGCCCCUCGGUGGCUUGGCCGUGCGGCCACGCCGCCGGUCCCUUGCACUAGCGGCAGGCAAACAGAUGGCUAGUCGCUACCUUUUGAGCGCAUGGCGUGAAGCAAAAUGUGGGUAAAAAAAAAUCGAAUUGUUCUGAUUCCAUAACGAAGUAGUAUACAGAAAUCCCCGGGCCUAGAAAUUUAAUUCGUACAAAAUGAGCUAACUAAAAAUAAAGCGGUUCAUUUUUUAUAUUUAUUAUGUGGUCAAAUUGGUUUCCAUAUACGCAGAAAUCCUGAACGCUGAAGUUAUAGUAGACCAAAAUAACCAAACCCCAUUGUUCAUACUAACCUAAUGCCCACCCCAAUCACAGGGUGGCCAGUAUACUAGCAUAUCAGGUAUGAUAUAUUGAGGUUCACAUUAUUGUUAGAUUAUGUGAUGCUGUUGGCUAUCAUUAGUACAUUUCCAUGGGUUGAAUGCACACAUUGCCUGAUUGCUGCCCUCUGAAUUCAUUAAUUUUGGUGCAGUCCCUGAUGAAUGAUUUUUUUGGUGAUAAGUUAAACCCACCUUGAAUCUUAAAAGAAUUUGCCUAUGAAGACCAAGAAAACAGCGAAUGGGUCAUCUUGCAAGAAGGGCAAGUUGUUUGAUGGUCUAAUUAGUAAACACGCUUCAGAAAUGGAUCCAUGUUACAAACUUUUCCUGGAAAAUUUGAGAGAAGAUGGGAAUACUUAUGUCCUUGAUGUGCCAAACGGGGACCAUGGCAUGCCUGUUUCUGUACGGUAUGAGGAGGAUGAUACGUCCUAUGGGAACACAAAGGCCAGUACCCCAAAUUUCCCCAAUGGUUCACUGCAUAGAAGACAGGGUGUUCCAAAUGGCAAACGACCUGAUGUAAAAGCAGUUAAUGCCAGUGGAAGUGUGGAUCACUCCUUUUCACCAAAGAGAGCAUAUGUGAAGCAGAAGAAGACCCCAUCAGCAGAUGAAUCUUAUGAGUUAUUUCUUAGCCUUGUGAAAUUCAAGGAUGGUUUCAUGGCUAUUGAGCCAGAACCAGGUGUGACCAUUGUAUACGAGCGAGAAGAAGACAUGCCUGCUAGAUAUGAUGAAUUGAGAACUGGCAGUUCCAGAAAUGAACCGGAGCCUUUGGUGGCUCCACUUGAAAACAUGGAGGUAGACUCCGCUAUGUAUGGAUGUGAAUAUGGGCUUACACAGGCUAAUAAAAUUGCAUCUGAGCAUGAAAUGGAUGGACCAUCUUCAGAUAACAUUGAUGAUCAGGAUGUUAUCUGCACAGAUGAGCGAGGGCUUGUAGUUUACACUGGACCUUUGUAUUCAAAUGCAUGUGAAGAUGAACAAGCAGCACCUCUUGCUAUUAGCUGCAGUGGAUCCUCUACAUUUGAUGAAAAACUCAUCACUGUUUUAAGUCAGCCAUAUGAUCAAAAGGAAUAUGAAGAGCUUUGGAGAAAAGCCACUGACCGGAAACCUGUGAGCAGACAAAGACACCUGCGAAGUGCAUCAAAGCGCUAUGUUACAGGGGCAAUUGGGCUGUCGUAUCUCGAUCAUUACCCAGAUCUAGCUGUACAAAUAAACUCCGCUGACUGUGAUGAGAGACUGAGCCUACUGAGAAAAUUCUUCUUCUGGUUGGAGAACUUAUGCCAUGAGGGAGCCUACAUGCCAUGGAUCUCCAAGCCACUAGCCUGCAAUCCCAUUUUACCAGAUGAGUAUGAGCCGACGCCCACUGUCGAGACGUGCAAGGAUGAUCUGUAGGGCAGUGAGCUGAGCUUGGCGAUCUCCUCGCGUCUCUCCGCUACACGACUGAUCCUUGUUCUGAUGCAUCAAGGCUCAUCACCUACCAUGUGCUCAUAAUUGUUGUCGCACCACCUACAACCAGAAACUGUAUUGGCCUACCAGGACAUUGAUGCGCCUACCGAGCUUGGAAUCUUCAGUGCCUAUCGCAGUAGUGCUGCACUGCUGCUGCCUGCUGGUCCGAGGUUUCAUGGCCUCCAAAGCAUCUUGUGAUGUACAUAUAUCUGUGGUCUGUGGUCUGUGGUGAAUGUUUCACUCGACGUCACUAAUCAACCCUUUUUCUGCACAAUUCUUACCUCUCUGUGUGGAGGCGAACCACGGUUUAUUUCACAAGAUGAUGUAGCAGCGUCCAAUCCAACUCUCAAAAGGAAGCGGCACGAACAAAAGGUCUCAGCGUCUAGACUCUUAUGGCUGCAAAACGUCGCUGAACUCUUCAGUUCUUUUCACCUA